GUUGAAAAGAAACAAAAGUUCUCUUUUAUUUAAAACAGAUCUUAGCUAGUAGAAACCUUUCUUCAGGUUCUUUCAUCUUCUUCAGUUUUUAUAAAAUAUAACAAAUAUGAGUUUUCGAGGAAAAACCGACAAGAGAAUCUUGGAACACUACCUGAACCUGGAACAACCGGAAGGCGUAUAUCAGGUCAUGUAUGUAUGGAUUGAUGGUACAGGCGAACAUAUGAGAUGUAAAACCAAAACCAUGGAAAAGGAACCAAUAGUUCCCGAAGAUUGUCCCAUAUGGAACUUUGACGGAUCAUCAACCGGUCAGGCCGAAGGUUCAAACAGUGAUGUGUACCUUAAACCAGUCAAACUAUUCAGAGAUCCUUUUAGGAGAAAGGGAAAUAAACUAUUGUUAUGUGAAACAUACAAAUAUAACAUGACACCAACAGAUACGAACUUGAGAAAGUCAUGUGUAGAAGUAAUGAAUAAAGCAAGCGAAGCUUAUCCAUGGUUCGGUAUCGAACAAGAAUACACAUUGAUGGAUUUGGAUGGUCAUCCUUUCGGAUGGCCCAAGGGUGGUUAUCCCGGUCCCCAAGGUCCUUAUUAUUGUGGUGUUGGAGCUGAUAAAGUUUACGGAAGAGAUAUUGUCGAGGCUCAUUACAAGGCCUGCUUAUAUGCUGGUAUCAAAAUUAGUGGAACAAAUGCCGAAGUUAUGCCAGCACAAUGGGAAUUUCAAGUCGGACCUUGCGAAGGUAUUGAAAUGGGAGAUCAACUUUGGAUGGCAAGAUUCCUUUUACAUAGAGUUGCCGAAGAUUUUGGAGUAAAAGUUUCAUUCGAUCCAAAACCAAUGCCUGGCGAUUGGAAUGGUGCAGGUGCUCAUUGUAAUUAUAGUACGGUUGAGAUGCGUCAACCUGGCGGUAUUAAAAUAAUUGAAAAGGCAAUUGAGAGGAUGUCAAAGAGACAUAAGGAGCAUAUUCAAUAUUAUGAUCCAAAGAACGGUAGAGAUAACGAAAGACGUCUUACCGGCCUUCACGAAACUAGUUCUAUUCACGAUUUUUCGGCUGGAGUAGCGAAUAGAGCUUGUUCAAUUAGAAUACCAAGACAAGUUGGAGAAGAAGGUCACGGUUACUUAGAAGAUAGACGACCUAGCUCCAAUUGCGAUCCUUACGCCGUUACCGAGAUUAUCGUCAGGACUACUGUUCUAGAAGAGUAAAUACUCCUAUGAACUUUUUUUUUUUAUAUCACUAUUUAAGUAUUCGUGAACAUAUCUAUUUAAGCUUUAUUUUUCAAUCAUAAAAAAGAGAAAAAAAACGAAAUUAAAUGACGACAAAGCGACAAAAUAUAUUCAUAUAAAUAUAUUUCUAAUAAAUAUUUCUUUCUUUGAAAUAACAUUAGAUUACCAAAUUAAUUGUUGUUCAUUAUUAUUUUUAGUUCAAGUAGGC